AUGAGACCACACUGCGUCCUGCUCGCCGUACAAUAUGCCACCGAAUCCAACAUCCUAGCGCUGCGGGCGCUGACAGCACUCCGGGACGGGGAUCUGCCGCUUGAGCUGACCCUGAGCAUUCUCCUCAAUUACCUCCCCGAAGAGAGCGACCCGGCGUCGUACUACGAAUAUCUCCAUGAUCUGGCGACUGGAUCGCGGUAUCCCGGCGAGAACCCUGGGGCAUCGCUAGACAUAACAUCGGUGGAACAACUCUCGAAUUCACGGGCGAAGAAGAGGAGACAUGCGCUGGAUCUGCCGCCUGUAGUCCAUCCUCUUUAUGCCGAAGAGAGUGAGCUGGACCUCUUCAGCCACUUCCUAAUACACCGCGCCCAUCGCAUCGACACGCAGACAGGCCUCCUAGAUCUCGUGCCGCAGCUGGUGGUUCCGUUCCUGGGCCACUCCGAAUACCUGCGCACAUGGUUCAUAUCAACAGUCUUUCCACUAUUACGUCUCACCUACGAGUACUACCCGAAAUCUACUGCAACCACGCUCGACGAAUUUGCGGCACUCAAAGGGCGCCGUGCCAUCGAUUACCAACUCUCCCACGCUCGAAGCGCGACCGAUGCCAAUACACACAACGCGGCACGAGAUCUGAAGGGCGUAGUCGCCCCAUGGCUAUGUGGAGCGAACGAUCGCAAGAGGCGGAAAAUCGCACACGAAGGUCGGAGAGCGUCAAUCGUCCAGGAUCAAGCACGCGAACCGGACGACUGGGACUGCUUAUUUCAAUGGCUGCUACAUGCAUCCAAGGAGCAUCUGGCGCUUGUUACGGCAGCCAUCUCCGACUGGGAUGGCCCUGAGGAUAUGGACCUUGGUGGCUACGAAGAAGGACGAGACUACGUCGAUGACCAACAACAGCGGCAGCUGGAGAUGAAGUACGCAAGGACGGCGCUCGGAUGUCUCUACCUGGUCGACAAGAGUGACAUCACAUCGUUACAAACUGCGCAUUCGCUCUUGACGAGGAUAUGCACGCUUCUCAAUUAUGACCCGCCUCCAGACCUUAGCAUUGGUGUCGCCCACUUACCCAGCUACGACCUGAAGGAUCCUCUGCUCCAGGACUCGACUACUGCUCUACUGAGAGAGGAUCGUCUACUGGAUCAUGACAAUGUCAUCACACAGCCUGGCGCUGAAGCGUUUCGCAUAAUUGAGCUCAUCAUUUUCUCGUCGUGUGUCCUAUCGACCUUGCAACAACCGGUAUCUAUCCGGGAGAUUGCGAAGAUGUCUCUUCGGGACGACUACUCCGAACAACUAUCGUUAUUGCAAAAGAUAUUGCACACGCUGAAUAGCGGUUCCAAGAAGGAUAGCGAGCAAUGGGCCACUAUUCGGUCAAAGUUGCUGUGGCUUUGGAACUGGGGUACCGACUACCACGACGAAGACCGAAGAGCCCAAGGUAUCUUUGGAUUGCUAGAGCGGAAGACGUUGGAGACGGAGGUGUUGAAAGCUCUCUUGGAAAGCAACCACUUCCCCCUCGCGAUAGACCUCUACAUCAAACCAGGGUUUGGCGAGCAGCCGCUGCUGUCCUCGGAUGUGGAGCAGGUCGUGCUCGCCUCAGCCAUGCACCACUAUGACAACGCCAGCAACGGUAACCGCAAUAGAGGUGGCAUGAAGCGUGCGGCUGAUAUCAUCAAUGCAUUUACUCCCCACUUCCCUUCCUCGUCGCGGUUCCGUCGGUUCCAAGCCCUGCUCACAGCAACUCACGCCAUGUCAUUUUACUCGCUCAUACUCCAGCAUGGCGUACCUUUCCAACCAGUCAAUAUCCGAGUGAGCCACAAUCCGCUGUCGUUAGUGCGCAAGCUACUAUCGCAAAACAGCGGUAGCUACACCAAGCUCGACGAUCUGGUCUCGAUUGGUCAGAACUUGGUAGUCGCCAUGCCGUCAACCAUCAUGGAUGAAGAAGCAGGAAACGUGCCAACGGAUGCCGCCACAAUCGAGCGGAAGAAAGCCGCAGCGGAACAACGAGUGAUUGGCAUGGCUGUCGAGGCUGCACUGGAAGAAGACGACUUCGAGACAGCGUACUCAUACGUCGUCAAUCGACUAACCCCCUCAAGCCCAUCGCCAACGCCACCAACCUCCUCAAACUUCUUCUCCUUCGGACCCCCAGAAACCGAAGACCACCACAACGACGACGCCGAAGACGUAGCCUGGCGCGCCGCCCUCCGCGCCGGCCGACACAACACCUCCCUCUCCCCAUCGCACUCCUGGACCCAAUCCAGCUCCACCGCACGCCCCGACCUCCGUCGCCUAGAACAACGCAUGGAACUCCUCAGCCAAGCCCUUCUCCUCGCCCCACAUAACCACCUCGAAGAAGUCCUCGGCGUAUGGCAACAAUGCGAAGCCGAAAUGAUGCACCUCCUCGCCCAAGAAACCGAAGCCGAAGAACGCUUCAACGAUGCCGCUGAUCGUAAGCUGCCCGGCGCUUUCGACAUGGACUCCAUCACCGUGCAGCCGCAGCGCCGCGAAGUGGGGCGGGGUGCGGUGGAGGAAUCGCCAAUGGGGUUGUUUGAUGUGGCGAGGGGGGCUGCGGCGGCGUUUUCGAAGACGGCGUUUCCGCUUAGGAGUAGUAGUGGGAGUAUGCAGGUUGCGGCGCCGGGUACGGAACCAAGGUCGGGUAGGGUUAGUAUGGAUGGCAGUGAGAACGGUAGUGUAGAUGCGCAGGAACGUGUGAGGAGGAGGGAUAUGGUUGCUAAUGCUGCGACGGGGGCGCUUGCUAGUGGGAUUGGGUGGAUGUUGGGUGCGAAGCCUGUUAAUGAGUGA